AUGUCUUACCAUUCAUCACGGUACAUCUUACUGACUGUGUUUCAGGCUCUUCGCAAGACAUACUGCCCACCUCUCGACGACAGUCUGUUCUAUGCCGUCGCUUCUGAUUACGACCUUACGAUAUCAGAGCACUAUGCAGCCUUGAGAGCGACACUCGAUGCGCUCAAGGAAGAUGCUAUUGUCAAUGAAGCGGCGAAUGCAGAUCCGGCUGUGGACACGGCAACAGACCCCUCUAUCAGUGCCCAGAACGCUUCGACAACAACACCAGAUGGCCACAGCCGUGACAUAACGAGCGUGAUCUCCGACUUGAGUACUCUCAAUUUGGGUGCCAACGAGGGCAGUCUAGGCGAGGACCUAGAGCAUCUAUCAGGCACCGAGAAGCGGAAAUACUUGAAGGAUUUAUUUCCUGGCACCGAUACCGCCAAGAUUACAGACAUACUCACCGAAGCAGGCUCCCUCCAGGGGGCGAUAGACGAGCUUCUCAAUGUCGCAUUUCUCAGCACGCAUGGCGAUGGGUUUUCAAACGAUGGCCAACCGCAAGCCAAGGGAGUUGAAGGCUUCGCGGAGGAGCAUAAAACCAAUCGAGGCCGCAAACGCCGUAACAAACGGAAGCAUCGAACGACAGACUCUUCAAGAGCUAAUUCGGCCAAUUCUUGGGGCACUGAUAAUGCGCCCACAGUCAAUGUCUGGGCCAACGCAUCUGGAGAUGUGGACUUUAUCUGCUCGAGAACAACCUUGAGUGCGCAGGUUGUGACCUCGCUGUAUCAUCGGAAGUCGGCAAAUCUGAACGACACGAUCAAAGAACUGGCAGACAUGGAACAGACAAAGCUGGUAUCUUUCGAUGCGGCAGAUCCCGUUGUUCAGAUGCAAGUCGCUGAAUUGAAGGAGAACUUCCCAGCUGUUUCAGCCUCCAGGAUUCAAGGGCUUCUGCAUCUCGCAAGGAACAUACCUUCCGCAACAUAUGAGCUGCUUGAGGCUAUGGUUGAACAUUCAGCUGAGGAUCAGCCUACCGGCAAGUUGCAUGGAGUUGUGCAAUAUGCUGCAGUAGAUUUGAGCAAAGAGAAAGAUGACUCGUGGAAUACCGUAACGAGCGGCUCCGCGAAUCGCACCAACUAUGGAGCAGAUCACAGUUACGCAGCGAGUCGUGCAUUUGGGCAAGCCGCUGCCGCUGCGAGAAAGUCCAAGUCAGACCGACUCAUGGGAGGCGCCGCAGCAUAUUAUGCUUCGAUAGGUCAUGAGCAUAUCAAAAUGGCGAAGGCGCAAUCUUCCGCUGCCGCCGAUGUGCUGGUCUCUCAGCAAUCAACACGAACCAUGAUUGACCUGCACGGAGUCAGCGUCUCGGACGCUGUGCGCAUAGCAAACGCUCGAACUCAGGCCUGGUGGGAUGGGCUGGGAGAUGCGCGAUAUGUUACCAGCGAGCGCGUGCGAGCUAGCUUUCAGAUAGUGACUGGAGUCGGCACCCACAGCCGUAACAAUGCCCCAAGGAUUGGGCCGGCAGUUGCGAAAUCAUUAGUAAGAGAAGGGUGGCGAGUCGAGGUUGGACAUGGCGAGAUGUUUGUUCGUGGUAAGGCCAGGAGAUGA